UAUUUAUUUAUUUAUUUUUAUUUUAUUAAUUGCUCGGCCACGUUGGGUUACAGCAAUAGUGCUUACUGACUAUAGUAUACAAUUAUUCACGACGGAGUUGGAAGGAGUUUAUGGUACGGAAAAGGAGCGAAGACGGGAUCGGUAGACAGGAUAGGAUAUGUUGAAAUCGAACAGAUCAGAAGUACUAUUAAAAGACGACAUAGCUCUUACAAAAGGCUCAUUGCGAGCAAAACGUGUACGACAUAUAGGUAACUGGAGACGAAAACGAUAACGUAAGGUGCGACAAGCUGCAUACAAAUGUAAGCGCGACAGAAGUGAAGGAGUAUCAAUCGUAUUGAGCAAUAUGCCAGCGGCGAAAGAAGCCUGAGGGACCGAGAUGCGGUGCUCCAACUUGGCAAGGCCUAAUAGAGUGCAUCUAUCGUCAUACGAAGGAAGCGGAAUAGAGUAAUGACCCAGCGACCUACGAAAUACGAUCCUUGUAAAACGUCUCUGGAUCCUCUCAAUCCUUUGGUGCAGAGAUAGUUGGACAGGAGACCAGAGGACACAGGCAUAUUCUAGUACGGAACGGACCCAACAACAAUAAAGGGACUUAAGACAAAAAGGAUCACGAAUUUCAGUGGACAUGCGACAAAUAUAACCAAGACUUUUGUUGGCCUUGCUGAUGACAUAGUCCGUGUGCUCCUUGAAAGAAAGACUCGGGUCAAAGAAGACGCCAAGAUCCUUAGACAAGGACGCACGGGGAAUAGGGGCAUCACAGACACUAUAAGCAUGAGUUAUACUUGUAGAGGAUCGGAAGAAAGACAAGACAGAACAUUUUUCAGGACACAGGACUAAACCGUUAGAAGCACACCAUGUAAAGAAUUUACAGAGCCAGGAUUGAAGGACUAGACAAUCAGCUGUAGAAGAUACAGGAAGAAAAUUUUUAACGUCAUCCGCAUAUAGCAAGAAGCCGUCAGGAGGAAGGAUCGAAGUACAGUCAUUGAGUCAUAUAGAAUGUAAUAUAGCAGCGGUUGGCAAACUUUUAAGACAAAGGGCCAAAUUUAGUAAAUGAUCUAAAGCCGCGGGCCAGGAGAAAGCGGGUUGUCUAUUAUUGUGAUUUAAGUAUUACAUUUGUAGACGUAUCAUAAAUAUGAACCUUGGUCAACCUCACCUCAAAAUGUAUGUAUACCUUAUCCUUAACUGUCAAAAGGAUAUGACAACGUCUGUCAUUCGAAAACGGAAUCAGAAAUAAACAAGUCGGAAAAACCUUGCUCCGUAAAAAACUCGUUUGGAAUAAAACCUUAGUUUACAUCUCAGAAGUGGGAUUAAUCUACAAGUAUGCCUACAACAGAAGAAAUAAAAUGGUCAUUAGACGCAGCUGGUAUUGAAUACCCAGAGACGGCAAAGGCGACGCAACUACGACAAUUGUUUGCAGACAACGUGAAGAAGACAACAAGUCAGGAAAUGGCGGCUGAUAAAACACGUGGAGAUGGUGAUGACAUAACCUCAAAUGACGAAGCCGCUGCUAUAGCCUCACUCGAAAUGAAAGUAAAACGCCUGGAGCUAGAAAAAAAACUUUUAUCUUUAGAAGAAGAAAUAGCUGAGCUUCAACCAACUCACCUUAAACCAAUAUCGAUGAAUACUAUUCAAUAUAUAGAAACAAUAGUGCCAAAGUUCACCGGAGAAGGCGAUGAAGAUGUGUGUGCUUGGAUUCGUUCCCUUGAGGACAUUUUCGUUAUGACAAACGUCCCAGAGCCUCAAAAACUGCCGCUUUUGCGUCGAUCGUUAACGAGCACAGCUGUUUUAUUGGCACAAACUACUAAAUCAAAAAAUUACGAGGAGUUGAAGGGCGAAUUGCUAAAAGAAUUUAACAACAAGCCUUCUAAAGAAGUCAUCUAUAAAAAUCUUAGAGCACGCCAUCUGAACGCUAACGAAACAACGCUUAGAUAUUUGUUAGACAUGCAACACAUUGCAGCGGCAGCUUCAAUUCCGGAAAACGAACUGGUGCAUAUCAUCAUUGACGGUCUCGGUGACCCCAUACAUACUGCAUCCAUGCGAUUCAUGGCAAAAUCGAUCGAGACGCUGAAACCUCUAUUGAAAGAGUAUGAAUAUAUACGAACACGUGUACAGACAACGGUCCAGAAAUCGUCUGUUCAACAACCACGAGUCCAGAUUGCGCGAGCUGAACCAAACCAGUCGACUCCCAGAUGCCUUAAUUGCCGGAAAUAUGGACAUUCGGAAAACUUCUGCCGCAUGCCGAUUCGACUUCCGGGGUCCUGUUUCAAGUGCGGUCAGACUGAUCAUGUCUAUCGAAAUUGUCCUCAACGGGUUCAGCAGAUUGCCGUUACUACAAAUGGUCCUGAACAUCUAGAAACAACGCCUGUGACGGAACCAGUUUUUACUCUUAACGCCAACCAAGAGCCCUAAAAGCUUCGUUAAUGAAAACGUUCUCCCUAAAUCUCUUGUUGGAGAACCUAGGACGUCCAUGUUGCGAGGAAUAGGAGGCCCAAAUUUAUUAACGUUAGGAUUUGUGGAGAUGCGAGUACAACUUGCCAAGACCACGAUACGUCACACCUUUAUCGUCCUUCCAAAAAUAUACAUGGAAUGGCCAAUGAUUCUUGGUAGAGAUGCAUUAUCCAAGUUAAAUAUUCAACUCAAUCAGAUACAAAAUACGUACACUAUAAACACUUUAUUGAACAUGAAUAAUAUGAAAAAGCUGCCUUUAAUAAAAACGAAUUUAUAUCAAAAGCUCCAUUCACUUGACAUUGUAAAGAGGUCAGUCGCACGUCGGGAGGGAGAUUGCUCAUUUUCUGCUUUAGCUCAUGAGUCGAUCGAUGUGUUUACCGAUACAUUUUCUUCUUUGUGUAUGAUAGAUGUUGUUGAUCAAACAAAUCCCAUUGAUAUUGGUAAAAACCUUACAAAAUACCAAAGUGAAGCUGUAAUUGAAUCGAUAACAAAAAAUUAUUUAGAGUUUCCUACAAAUGAAAUCGUACCCUCAACUUAUACUAUGAAAAUAAAUCUCUUACAUGACACUCCUAUUUCUA